AUGAAGUCCGUAAUUGUUUUUAUUCUUUUAAUUUCACUAGUUAAAGCUCAAUCCGUAGACAAUAACUUACCCUACGAGUGCUACUCACGUACAAAUAAUACGGUAUAUCUCCGUUUGGAAACGUUGGAUUUGAGCAACACUAAACUUGAGAGCAAGGAUAGUUUAGUGUUGGCAAUCGAUCAGAAAUUGAAAGAACUGUACUUGGGCGGCAGUCUAUUGAAGGAAUUGAACUGGGAUUUCAUUGCCAAACUUGAUGGUUUGAAAAUAUUCGAUAUGAGCAACACCCGAAUCAAAGAGAUUGAUGACGACUGUUUCGUGAACAGUUCAAAUAUGAAGGAGCUGUACUUGAGUGGCAUUCCACUGAGACAAAUCAGCUGCAACGUAUUUGCGUCACUAUCCAAUCUACAAACGCUGGACCUGAGUAACACUGAAAUCGAAGACAUUUUUGAUCACUGUUUUGUAAACAAUCCAAAUAUGAAAGAGGUAAACUUGGAAGGUACUCCACUAAAAAAGUUCAAUUUCAAUACAUUUUCAUCAGAAGCGGAAUUGGUUGAAGUGCAUCUGCCAUCGGAAAGCAUUCAAGAGUUGGAUAUAAGUUAUCAAAUAACCACUAAAAUCACCUUAUUCUCAAUCAUCUUCUGUGCCGGUAAAUGUGAUAGGCAAAGAAUAUACUUUUCAUUCUUGGCAAAAUCGCUAGACGAGACAUCAAAAGCAACAAACGGCCUUCAUGUUGCUGGCAACACAUCGAAAAUGAGCAAAAAAGACAUAUUGGGCCAGGAUGACUAUGUAUCCAAAGAAGGAUGUCUGAAACAGAACCAAUACGAUAAGUCAAGUGUAAAAUUGAUAACAUACAAGUGCGGAAAACCGAUCACAUUGAAAAAGUUCUAUCUAGACGUACUGGACGAUUUUAAGAAUUCGGAUAUGUUGGAUAUAUCAAAUCUUGGGAUUGAAGCUGUUGUUGCGUCAUCUCUUCAGUUCAAAUCACAAAUUAAAAAACUAAGAGCAUCGCACAACAAUCUUACUCAGAUUCCGUAUUUACAUUUGGAUCAUAUGCCACAAUUAACUGAAAUUGAUUUAUCGAACAAUCAAUUUCAAGUUGUGAAUUUUACCCAAUUUUCAAAACCCAAUAUCAUUUCAUUGGUAAACCUAUCAAGUAAUAACAUUUCGGAUAUCAGUGAUGGAGCAUUUUCACAUCUACAAGAGCUUAAAACAUCGGAUCUGAGCAAUAAUAAUAUUCAAACGAUUAAUGAACGUACGUUUGCAACUAAUCAUAAAUUGAUCGAUUUGAAUUUGGGCAACAAUUUAUUGAAGAGUCUAGCACCCGCAUUCAUUUCAUCACUGAAGAUGUUGGAAAAAUUAGAUCUCAGCAACACUAAAAUCGAACAAAUUAAUGAUGACUGUUUUGAAAAUAACACAAAUCUGAAAGUGUUAAACCUUGAAGGUACUUCACUGACAAAAUUCAAUUUCAAUACAUUUUCAUCAAAAGCGAGAUUGCUUAAAGUGUAUCUUCCAUCGAAUGGCAUUAAAGAAUUGGAUAUAAGUUGUGCGAAGCCAAGUUGUGAUUUGAACAAGUUUUACGAAAAUGAUUUAUUCGAGAAUAUUCGGAUUCUUAAUGCUUCGGGAAAUCAAAAGCAAAAUAUAGCGUUAUUGGGAAAAAUCGCACCGAACGUUGAAACUCUCGAUCUAUCACGGACAUCUAUUGUAACAUUGAACGUAGGCAUGCUGAGACCUUUUCGUUAUAUUCGACAUCUAAAUUUGAGCCAUUCGCAGAUAUCCAAAAUUGAAGAUGAUGCAUUUGUCAAACAGUCGCAGCUGAUAACACUCGAACUUUCCAAUAAUUUAUUGGCAGAAAUCGACUCCGUGAAGAUGGAUCUUGCUUCUCUACAAACACUGAAUUUAGUCGGCAACAAACUAACCAAACUUGGCAUGGUCAAUUCAAUUAAUUUACCGAACCUCAAAUCACUUAAAAUUGCAGAGAAUCCUUUCGAUUCCACAUAUUUGUACGAUACUAUGAACGAAUGGGUAAAGAAUGGUCUAAGGAUUGAUGUAGAACUUAUUGCACCUACAUCUCUUACGCCAACUACAACUGCGAUUGCAACAACAAAUAUCAAUUUAACAUCGACCACAGUCUCACCAGUCCAAACUACAGAAAAACCCAAGCCUAAACCCACAACUCCCAUCAAGACAAUAACAAUCGGAACAAAAGAUGCUGUAUCGAGUUCAACUUCAUCUGAGCCUACAACUCCAACUGCGAUUGCAACAACAAAUAUCGAUUUGACAUCGACCACAGUCUCACCAGUCCAAACUACAGAAAAACCUAAACCGAAACCUAAAUCUAAACCCACAACUCCCAUCAAGACAAUAACAAUCGGAACAACAGAUACUGACUCGAGUUCAACUUCAUCUAAGCCCACAACUCCAACUGCGAUUACAACAACGAAUGCAGAUUCAACAUCAACAUCGAUCACCGUUUCGCCAAUUAAAUCUAAAGAUGAACCAUGGUCAUACCUAGAGGCAAAUGCAGAACGAUUCAACUACGAUAAACUGGCUCCUCUAGUAUCGCCUGAUGCUCGAGCAUCUUCUGUGCCAGUAAAUGUUAUAGAGAAAGAUCACUUUUCAUUCUUGACCAAACGGCCAGGUGGAACAUCAAUAGCAACAAAUGGCCUUCAUGUUGCUAGCGACGCACUAAAAUCGAGCAAAAGAAUUCCCCUAUCGUAG